AUGAUGUCGCAACGAGAAAUUCUCGACCAAAUCAUGAAUAACAAUCUUCAACCGGAAGUCCAUUCCGAGGGCGAUGCUUUAUUACAGAUCAUGCAAGAGUGCUGGCGCCCAACCCCGGAAAGCCGCCCUAAGCUCCGAUUGAUCAAUCAGACGGUGGCACAGGAGCAGACGGAUAGACUGUUGUGCGAGAUGCUGCCUGCAACCGUCGCCCAAGUCCUGAAGCAAGGCGGCCUAGUCCCACCACGAAGCUACGAUUCCGUUACCGUACUCUUCUGCCAGAUCAUGGACUUCAACACGCUGUGCUCGAAGAGUAAUGCAGAACAGAUCGUAACAUUCCUCAACGAUACCUUUACACUCUUCGAUGAGAUUGUAAAAGUUCAUGAUGCUUAUAAGGUCGAAACGACUGGUGAAACCUAUAUGGUGGCCUCUGGUGUACCGACAGAAAAUGGAGGACGUCACGUCUUCGAAAUUGCUGAUAUUUCGCUGGAAUUGAGAGAUGCCUCCUAUCGCUACCAAGUCCUCCACCUCCCCGACUUCAAAGUCCGAGUCCGCAUCGGUUUCCACUGCGGUCCUAUCGCCGCUGGAGUCAUUGGAUUACGGUCACCUCGCUAUUGUCUUUUCGGGGAUACGGUCAAUUUCGCGUCCCGGAUGCAGUCAAACUGUCCGCCAAAUCAAAUCCAGACCAGCGAGAUCACAGCCCUGAAGUUGUUUGACGUUCCGGAGUAUCGGCUGGUGAAGAGAGGAAUUGUGCAUGUGAAGGGGAAAGGCGAGAAGAUGCCCGGUCACACGCGCUUAUUACCGGUGAUCCAAGCCGUCGAGCUGAAGGGGUCGAAGGUGCUCAACGAGCGGUCCUACGAGGACGUCCUCAGGCGGAGGAGGAUGAUGUUCGCCUGUUGUUUAAUAGCCUGGCUAGCCGUCAUCAUCCUGAUAGCGGCGAUGGCCAUCCCGAAAUGGGAAGUCCUCACCUUUACAAAUAUCGAUUGGGAAAUCGUACGCGUCGAACUUGGUGUCUGGGGCGAAUGGAGACAGACGACGAACACCAGCCGACCGAUCACCGAAUGGAUCCCACACUUCCCUGCUCCUCCAGCUCAUCUGACACGGUUGGCCGGUGAGGACUUGAAGCACUACUACCGUGCACAAGCCGUGAUCGGUAUCAUCGGCCUAGUGCUCCUGAUCGCCACCAACCUCUUGGCCAUGUACACUUUCUACCACCACCGUUAUACCUACAAACGGCUUACGGCUGCGCUGUACUUUGUUUGCACCAUGUGUGUCCUCGCGGCCAUUGAAGUGCUGUCGAACAGUGUGGAUGAAUGGAAUACUACGGUGGUGGCAAAAUCACAGGACGAAACCCACUGGGACUACGACGCCGUCCGCGAGUCUGGCUACGCAAAAUACAUGGCUUACAGCGUCGUCAUCAUCUGUGCCCUCUCCUCCUUAACCUUCCUCUAUGGCUCCCACAAACAAAAGGGUGAAAACGCCGCUACUGCCGAAUUCGAGAUUGAGGACCGUCCGAUCCAUAUGGGACGCUUGAUGUCCGUGCUCAGACGUGGAUGGAAACAGGUGAAAGAAUGGGAUAUUCGGACGGAGCCAUUAAUAUUCUUUCUGGCGGCUUGUAAUUCUGUAAAAGGAAUCGUCACGCCAAGCCUGAGCGAGGCAAAAAUGAAACGGACUUAUAUUUUACCGCCCGGCGCUAAAGAAAAGACAUUCUACAACAAGAAGAUGGUUCUCUGGGAUCAGAAUUAUGAUUACGUUAAUUUGCCGAUAGCAUGUAUCAUUGGAGUCAUAUACGGCGGCUACAGCGAUCACUACGGCCGAAAAUGGCCCAUGCUCAUCGGGAUUUUGAGUGUCGUGCUCGAUACGGCUUUCCGGAUCUUGAUAUGGCACCCCGAAACCGAUUGGCCACUCCAGUGGAUAUUCGCUGCAGCUUCCCUAGCAGGCUUUCUUGGAGAUUUUCUCCUGACGAUGAGCGCCAUUAACGCUUAUGUCACUGACCAAUUUCCCGACAAGAAAACGGCAAGUCUCCGAAUGAUCGUCGUCUCGAUCCUUUUCUCACUCGGGCAAUUCGGAGGCUCGCAACUGGCGGACUGGCUUCUGCAUUUUGUGUCCGAGAUUAAUAUGCUGAUUAUUGUGGAAGGAGUGUUCGUCUUCUCCUUUUUCUUCGGCUUGUUUCUGAUCGACAACCGUAUCCCAGCCGCCCUCCCCCUCCAGCAGGAAGAAAAUCCCAGCCUUGAUGAGAUUGUGCCGCCCCCGAAAAACGUCAUUGAGGUAGCCGGGCGCUCCUUCGUCUCGUUGUGGGAGUCCGUGAAAAUCUUCUUUCGACCCCGAGAGGGACACCGUCGACUUUUCUUGUGGCUAUGCUUCGUGGCCAAUUUCCUGGAUCAAUUCGUUUUUGGGGAGGAGAAAGGUCUCAUCGGAACCUACACUCGACUAUCACCCUUCAACUGGGACACGCACACCUACGCACAGUACAAAUCUUGGCGGCCGAUAGUUCAAAUCAUCGGUCUCUUCGUGGGGACGCUGCUCUUCAAAAAGCUCUUCCGGCUCCGGGAUUCACUUGUCAUCACGUUUGCCAUCGCCAGUAUGGGACUCUGCGCUGUGGCUAUUGGAUUGGCUCACAUGACAUGGGUUAUUUUCGCCUCGCUGCCGGUUGGAUCCCUCCACGGACUCCUCAACCCACUCACAUACUCCUUCAUGAGCUGUCUCAUUGAGCAGAACGAGAUCGGCAAAGCCUUCGCCGUAAGCUCGAUCGCGCAAAAACUUGCUGGAAUCGCGCAGACGGCAAUCCUUCAGAACAUCUACACCGCUACGGUGGAUUGGUAUAUGGGCUUCGUCUGGCUAUUGAUGGGCGGAAUCACAGCCAUAGCUGUGGCCAUCUACGCGGUUGUGCACGUCAUCGCCAAGCGGGAGGGUAUCGAGCCGGAUCCU